GGGCUUGUUUUCAAACCCAGACGCAGGCACAUACCAAUGAAGAUGGCGGCGGUGGGGUCCGCCAAAUCCACUGGACUGGGGCAGAGAAGCAAAACCAGGCCUGGCGCUCUCGCCGCUCCUCUGACUCUGGAGGAGGCCCGGUGCCCGGUGUGCUCCGAAAUACUGCUGGAGCCGGUAACGAUGCCAUGUGGACACUCGGUGUGCCUACAUUGUUUCCAGCGGACGGUGAAGUUAAUCAGUCUGUGCUGUCCGCUGUGCCGGCUGCGAGUGUCCAGCUGGGCCCGUAAACAGUCCCGGGAGAAGAGCCUGGUCAACACCGAACUCUGGGAGCUGGUCCGGCUCAGUCAUCCGGAGAGAUGCAAACGGAGGAUGGAACAGAGAGACGGAGAGAUCGCGGACGGAGAAAUUUUUCGUGCGCCUGAACCAAUUCAUAAGUCUGGAGAAAUGCGUCAAGAGUACGAGAAACAAAAGAUGAAGGGUGGAGGCAGUGAAGAAAGUGAAGAGAGAAAGAAAAAAAUCCACAGAAAAGAAGAGUGUGGGAUGCUGAAACUUUGUCAGUAUCCUUUCUGUGGAGUGUCAGAUUCUGAGAAUGAAGAGCCGGUGGGAAAGAGGACCAGACAUGUUUCAGCAUUUGUGCGAAAAACAAGAUGCUCCCCUGCUUUCAAUAGAGGUUGUCUUCAUAGCAGUGCUGUUCAGAGGAGCAGGAGCUGUACAGAUUCUGAGGAUGGAAGAGGAAAAGGCAGAGGUCACACACAUCAAGCCGUUCCUGACAAGGCUAUCAUCACUCAUAGUUACAACGCUGGAAUCCUUCUCUCUUCAGAGAACAGUCGCUCUUUCUCAGCCCCGGUACUGAGCCUAGAUAAGAAAAACCACUGGCGGGGCAUCCACACCUCAUCCGCUUCGCUCGUGCUUCAAACAAAACCAGAAAGGUCCAUUAGCCCAGAGAGCAACGAUAGCAUAUCGGAAGAACUCAACCAUUUCAAGCCUAUUGUCUGCUCGCCGUGCACUCCACCCAAACGGUUGCCCGAUGGGCGACUUUUGGAACCUACGAUCGUGAAGUCGACCCCUAGGAACUUGACACGCGCACUGCAGAAGUCCACAAGCUAUGAGGCCAGCCCGACUAUCUUGCAGAAAUGGAAGCAGAUUGAAGUUGAUCGUCAGUGCAUCAAGGUGACCUCCAAAGGUACAGUCACAAGUCCGAUCGCAGAGGAUCUUAGCCUUAAACUGAGUCCCGUUGAAGAACGGGACGGUGGACUCUGCAGCUGUGCUGAAGCCAAGGACAGCUUGCAAGAUCAUCAAUGCAUUUGUGAGUCAAGUACAGAAGGGUCUCAGGAUCGGAAGGAUAAACUUGUCGUCUCUAAUAAACGACGACUUGUAUUUGAUCAGUGUAACAAAAAGGAAGGUACACAGCCUGCUAGCACUCACAUCAGGUCGGUAACUCAAACCGUUGCAGAUACUUCAUCUGCAAAAGGACGUGGCAGAUGUGAAGCACUCUGUGAACCCACAGAAACUUGUAAACCGAUGCUUGAUAAACACGCUGGACACUGUAAUCAGGGUGCCGUAGACCCCGAGAACUUCAUAAAUGAGCCUACCACCAGGAGCUGUGUACUUAACAGACCUACCUCAAGAAGGGGCAAGAAGAGAAGCCACAAAACCAAACAUUUGGAAGAGACCACACAGACAAAAAUGUCCCGGGCAGAUCCCUGUAACAGGCUUGAUGAUCUGAUUGUUCAGCGAAUGAAUCAGGAAAAGGAGGACAGAGAACUGGCACUAAAACUACAAAGACAGUUUGACAGGGAAUGUCAAAAAGUGGACAGGCACAAAACGAGUCGUAACAAAUACGAACUCCGGUCCUGGGCUACGAAAGGUGGGACGGUAGGACACAACACGCGCAGAUCAGGAAGAAUCUCCAAAUGAAAUGAGCACUUUAACUACAGCUGUUAAAGGGACCUCUGGUUAUGGUAGUGUUUUAUUGUAACGAUUUGUCAGUCACAAACAAUUUCUUUGUUGAGGCACUACAGAGGCUUUCGAAUAUCAGGAUUAGUAUUGCAAGAUAAAGUAUUUACUUUUUUGACUUUUCAUCCAAAGCUACUUGUGUUAAUAGAGUCCAACUAGAGCAGAGGUGCCAAUCCAGUUCCUGGAAAUCGUGCAAAGUUCAGCUCCAACCAUGAUCGCUAUUUAAGAUCUUCAGGAGCACCUGAUAUUUACAGACAGGUGUGCUGAAUCUGAACUCUGCAUGUAGAUCUCCAGGAAUAGGAUUGGGUUCUCAACUCUGUCUGUGGUUCUCAGCUCUGGCCCUCGAGGUCCACUUUCCUGCGGAGUUUAGCUCCAACCCUGAUCAAACACAACUGAACCAGCUAAUUAAGCUAACAAAGAUGUUUGGACCUGAACUCUGCAGGUAGAUCUCCAGGAACAGGAUUGGGCACCCCUGACCUAAAGCAAGCUGGGGUUAGGUCUGGGGUUUUCAACUCUGGCCCUCAAGGUCCACUUUCCUGGGGAGUUUAGCUCCAACCCUAAUCAAGCACAGCUAAACAAGCUAAUCAAGGUCUUCAGGAUUGCUCAAAAGUUAGAGCCAGGUGAGUUUGAUCAAGGUUGGAGCUAAACUGUGCAGGAAAGUGAACCUCGAGGGCCAGAAUUGAGAACCCCUGGGUUUAAGUGCCUUUGCUCUGGGCAAAAUGGUGGUAGGACAAGUUUGGACUCUCAGACCUGGAUUUGAAGCUGCAGUGUUUUGUUUCAAGCUCUCUUACUGUUUAACUGGCUUCUACUACUCAAAAAGAGAGGAAACUAUGUAUAUGUUGUUUAGAAGAACAACAUAUAGAACUAUUUAUAAGAACUCUUAAAGACUUUUUAGUACUUCAAGCCAGAGACGACAGUACUCAAUCUCUUUGUGCUCAUCACAAUCACAAUUGCUCCUCAAGACAUUUGCAUGUUUAACAGUUAUCAUAGGACAUUUGUUAAAACAGAAGGUGUUUUGUACAAAAUUGUAGCAUAACCCUUUUUCUUUGGCGUUCCCCGUUUCCAGUGGCUUCUCUUGACACAUCUGUCAAACAACUCAUACAAAUAUUUUUUUUGUGAACAAAACAAACAAGUAAAAAUUGUAGCCUUAGGCCAAAAAACUGCUCUACACAAGUACAUAGAUGCAAAUGUGUGGUCAACAAUGUUUUUCUUGUACUGUGGCGGAAACAAACCUCAGUACUCAAGGCAGUGAUAGAAUUCCCUUCAAAUGUUUGGACCAUUAACUAGGAUGUAUUUUUUUUAGCUGGUUAGGCUAUGAACAUGUUGGCAGUUUUAGGUAGGGUAGGUGACUAUAUUUGGCGGAGAUAAAACUAUUUGAAAAUCUGGAAUCUGGGGGUGCAAAAAAAAAAAAAAAAAAAAAAUCUAAAUUUGAGAAAAUUGCCUUUAACAUUGUCCAAAUGAAAUUCUUAGCAAUGCGUAUUACUAAUCAGAAAUUAAGUUUUGAUAUAUUUUUGGUAGGAAAUGUACAAAAUAUCUUAACUGAACAUGGUCUUUACUUAAUAUCCUAAUGAUUUUUGGUAUAAAAGAAAAAUCGAUCAUUUUGACCCCAACAAUACCCAAUGUAUUGUUGGCUAUUGCUACAAAUAUACCCAUGCUACUUAUGACUGGUUUUGUGGUCCAGGGUCACAAAUGGGCGAAGGAAAAGAAACGACAAAGGUGGUAUGUAGUUCACCAUAGAAAAUCCAUAGAACAUGGUAGAUAACGGUUUUUGGGUAUGCCUGCUAUAACACCCCUUGUGGCAGUGUUGAGAAUGCAACACUACAAAUUUUGUUUCAUUAAAAAUUUAGUUGUUACAUUUCAUUGUGUGAAAUCAAACAUGUUUGUGUAGAGUGUGUUUUGGGCCUAAAUGUGCUAAUAUGUUCAGCAACAGUAAAUUGAAUGGCUAUAAAAUGGUUAUUAAAACGCUAAAAGGCAUUGUGUAACAGUGUUGAAGUUUAGGUUUCUAAAGAAAUUUGAUUGUUUAAUUUGUCUUUUUUUAAAUUUAAAACCUAUUUUUUAUUUCCUUUUUCAUUUCAUUAUCUAUCUUAAUUAGGUUUUCAUUUAAAACCUUUUUUUUUUCAUGUCAUUUUCUGUCUUAACUGUUUUAACACUCUCCAAACUGUAAUCAUUUGGACACUUCUCAAAAAGAUGUAACACCACAAUAACAAACAUCUAGCACCUUGAUUUGGCAACAAGCAAAACAAGUUAGAGAAUUUGCUUUAAAUACAUUGAUUUUCUAUCACUAUAUUUUUUGUAGUUUAUUCAUUUCACUUUUAGCUUAAUGUUCACACUACUCUAAGGGCUACUUUCAUUUCAGAACUUUAUCUAUAAGGCUUUGUUUACUAGAGAGAUUUAUUUUGUGUCUGCCAAUAAAGCUUUAAUGUUCUUUUUGCUGAAAAAUUACACAUUCAGUUGGACCACAUGUAAAUGCACAUACAUUUAAUCUUGUCUAAUUUUGACCUUGAUCUCCUUUUUUUUUUUUUUUUUUUUUUUUUUUUAAAUUACAAACAGGUUCAUUUCUAUACUGUAUACUUCUUUGUAAUGUGCCAACAUGUCUGAUUUCUGCAAAUCAGGCAAUCUUUCCAUUUUGUUUUCCUUUUUGUAGUUAAUUUAAGUUAUAUACAAUUCUGUAGGUUAUCAGAUGUACUAUUGCAGAAGAUAAAAUAGAUUUUUAUUCAUUACUGUACUAUUUUGGAAAUAUGACUUGCCUAUAUUGAUAUUGAUGCAAAGAUAGGAACUGUUUCUGAUGGGCUUUCAAAGCACUUUGGAUUGUCUUCCAUUGUUGAAAAGUAUUGCUGGAUUUGAAAGAGAAUGUUGCAUAUGUUUGAAUUCUGUGGAGAUGUAAAGCACACAUUAUAUUUAUUUGAACAGUACUUUGUAAUAAUGUCAUCUUUUUAAAUAUUGCAUUUUAAAAAAAAAAAAAAAAAAAAAAGGAUUUUCUUAUUUUAGUCAACAAAACACUAAGCAUUACAACAGACUUGACAGAAUGGAAUAAUGUAGCAUUCAUUCAGAAUUUACAAAUAAGGUUUUUGUUUUCAAAAGUAUUUAAAUAUUUUGUUUUUAACACAUCUUAUUAGAUUCUCAGGAGGAUUAUGUGUU